AUGCACGAGCGCAGCCAGCCGCCAUAUACCUUACUGCCUAACUACUUGCCCCCUCCGAUCCCCGACGGCUACGACUGGUCCAGCCUGGUUUCGCGUGACGGUGACGACCUGGAGAGUCACUACCGCCGGACCCUGGAAACUCUCGGCAGCCAGCCCGGCACACUGGGCGUCAUCUUCAGCAAGGCGCAGAACAGGAUCCAGGAACCGGCCAUGCUGACGCGGCUGGUCAAGGAGCUAAUCGACAGCGAGAACUGGCUCACGCUAAGCGCCGACGUCAAGGGCGACGCCUACGAGUCUCUGCUGGAGCGCAACGCCCAGGACGUCAAGACCGGCGCCGGACAAUACUUCACCCCAAGGCCGUUGAUCCAGGCCAUCGUCGACGCCAUGCGUCCCGAAUCGGACACGACCAUCUGCGACCCCGCGUGCGGCACCGGCGGAUUCCUGCUGGCGGCGCACGACUACAUCGUCGCCAACAACCCAAGCAUGGACCAGGGCCAGCUCGCACACCUCAGAGACCACGCGCUCCACGGCUGGGAGAUUGUGGACAGCGCGGCUAGGCUCGGCGUUAUGAACCUGUACCUACACGGAAUCGGUGGGGACGAGACCAACAUCAUCGUCGACGACAGCCUGCGUACCCAUCCGGGCGUCAAUUUCGAUAUGGUGCUCACCAACCCGCCGUUCGUAGGAAGUCCAGCGUCACGUUCGUCGGUGGAGCGCCCCGACUUCUGGGCAACGACCAGCAACAAGCAGCUCAACUUCCUUCAGCACGUGCGGACUCUGUUGACGAUUCAUGGAAGAGCCGCUGUCGUCGUGCCGGACAACGUCCUGUUUGAGGGAGGCGCCGGGGAGACGGUGCGGCGCCAACUGCUGAACGACUGCGACGUUCACACCCUGUUGAGACUGCCCACCGGGAUUUUCUACGCCCAGGGGGUCAAGGCCAACGUGCUGUUCUUCGACCGUAAGCCCGCCAGUGAGGCUCCCUGGACACAGGACCUGUGGAUAUACGACCUGCGCACCAACAAGCACUUCACGCUCAAGGCCAACCCACUGAAACGAUCGGACCUGGAUGACUUUGUUUCCUGCUUCAACCCUGAAGAUCGGCUAUCGCGCCAGGAAACUGAGCGGCUCCAUCGGUUCGAGUAUGACGAGCUGGUCAAGCGAGACAAAGUAAACCUCGACAUCUUCUGGCUACGCGACGAGAGCAUUGAGGACACGUCCAACCUGCCGCCGCCGGGCAUAAUCGCCGAGGAGAUCCUCGAAGACCUUCGCGCCGCACUGGAUCAGUUGGAAGAGAUAGCCGCGGACUUUGCAUCUGACCCUGUAUAG